UUCAACAGUUUACAUUUUGAAGUUACCACAACUUCGGAAGCUGGCAUGUCAGGGUUGCUAAGUGACGCCGUCACACGUGUUCUUAUAAUAGUCAAUCACGUCGUGCUGUCCAGCAUCGUUGGCAUUCUAGGAACCAUCGCCAACGUCAUCAACAUCUGCGUGUUUGUCAAACAAGGUCUGACCAACUCCAUGAACGCCAGCCUGUUUGCCAUGGCCGUUUCUGAACUGUGCAGCCUCGUCACGCUCCUCUGGCUCAACGUCUGCAUCAACCCUUACAUCUCCGUCGUGGAGACCAGCUUCGUCUUCACCGAGAUACUCUACCUCACGGCUGGCUGGCCGCACGGCUGCUCGGCUCGAAUCACCAGCUGGAUCACCGUCUACAUCACGGCUGAGAGAUGCCUGUCCAUAACCCUGCCCCUGAGGAUCAAGCGGCUCGUCACGCCGAGAAGGUCGGCCGCCAUCUUAACGUUGAUUUACGCGGUCAACAUUUUAACCCUGGUGCCCGAGUACUCAACAGUAUAUUAUGAUUGGAAGUUUUAUCCGGCCAGAAACAAGACAAUGGUAGGGCUCGCCUUCAGAGGGAACAGACCGGUCACGGAUGGCUUGACGUUCGCGUUCCACGCCGGCAUGUCCUUGUGCGCAUUCGUGUGUGUGAUUGUCUUCACGAGUGUCCUGGUCAAUCAGCUGAGGCGGACAUCAAAAUGGCGCCGGAAGUCAGCGCCUGACCAGCAACAGCUGGGCAGUCUGUCAACCCGGGACAAGAAAGCGGUUUCUUUGAUAAUUUUGGUCGCGCUUUCGCUGAUCGUCUGCUACACACCCACGGUUAGCCUGUCCGUAAUGUCCAUCUGCUUGCCGGGUUUCAGUGUCGUUGGAAAAGAGGCCAAUUUAUUUAAUGCCGCGUGGUCCUUUGGCUUUCUUUUUCACGCCAUCAACUCUAAUGUAAACAUAAUUCUUUAUUACAAAAUGAGCUCAAAAUACAGAGAAAAGUUCAACCAGCUUUUUAAG